UUUUCAUUCCCGGUACAACUUGUCCAAGAAUGGCGGCUCGCGGGGUGAGCGUAUUGAGAAAUCGCCUGAUUUGCCAACUAGGCACUAGGGAGUUUUCUGUAUCACCGACGGUCUCAUCGUAUAAGUAUGUGAAUGCAAGCAAAGUCGACCCUACAUGGAAAAAUGUUGCAGACGCUAAUGCUACUUCAUUGUUUGCCACAGAAAUGUUACGUGGACUGGGAAUGGCUCUCGCGAAGACUUUUUCUGAGCCAGCGACCAUCAAUUAUCCUUUCGAAAAAGGACCCCUCAGCCCAAGGUUUCGAGGCGAACAUGCAUUAAGAAGAUAUCCAACUGGUGAAGAGCGAUGCAUUGCUUGCAAGUUGUGCGAAGCAAUAUGUCCAGCUCAAGCAAUCACGAUUGAAGCCGAGGAAAGAAGUGAUGGGAGUCGUAGAACAACACGAUAUGAUAUUGACAUGACAAAAUGUAUCUAUUGUGGUUUUUGCCAAGAAGCUUGUCCUGUUGAUGCCAUAGUCGAAGGUCCCAAUUUUGAGUACGCUACAGAAACACAUGAAGAACUUUUGUAUAACAAAGAAAAAUUACUUAAUAAUGGUGACAAAUGGGAAGCGGAGAUAGCAGCGAAUAUUGAAGCUGAUUAUCUUUACAGAUGAUCAGUUUUUAUUUGUACUUGCAUGAUAAAAUUUGAGUUCUUUACUUUUUUGUAGUUGAUUGAAAAUAUUUUUUCGGGUAGUUGUACUUUCUCAAUGACUACUUAAUAUAUUGUUUGGGUAAACUAAUACUACAGCAAA